AUGACCCUGGUCUCAAAUGAUCCUAGUUGGUGGCCCAUGAUCAAUUUGAACAUUUUGAAUAGCUAUUGGAUUGUUGCCGCAGGCAUCGUGGUGUUGUACGAUUGGGUAUUAACACUCGGACAAGAGAUCGAACUAAUCUGGAGACAACGCUGGUCUUCCUUGACUGUGCUGUACCUGAUUAUACGUUAUAUUGGACUACCGUAUUCUGUUGUCAGCAUUCUGCGCACUAUUACGGGCUACGCACUAAACGGGACAAAUGUGAUCAUACCUGCUAUGUUGGGCGUCAUCAUGAUUGCUCGCUUACAUGCCAUGUACCAGGGAUCUAAAACGAUCCUUAUCUUCCUUGUUAUUAUCUUCCUAGCCAUAAAUAUCGGCUGCGGAGUACUCAUGGCAAUAGCACUCAAAUAUAUUGUAACGGAGGAGCUGAUACUCUCUGGCACAUAUAUGUGCAAUUAUGGGUUUGAGGGAGACGCCCAGCUUCUGAUUUCAAUGCUUUGGAUGCUCAAUACUGUUUGGGAGGUCCUCGCACUGUGUCUUUCAGUCUGGAUUGUUGUGAAACAUUUCCUUGAGCUGCGACGAUUCGGCCUAUCAACCGGAUCGAUUAUUGGGGACUGUUUCAGAGUGCUGAUUAAAUCUCACGUGCUUUAUUUUGUAAGCUUUGCUUGUGUCUCUUGCCUCCAGCUUUUUUAUGUCUCUCCGGAGAUCGCAGCGAAUAUAUAUUCUAUAGAUGCUAUAGUUCUCUAUUGCACUUGCCAGAUAUUAUUUGGCGUGCAGAUGUUUGUUCUAGGACCACGCCUCAUCCUCAGUGUUCGAGAAUAUCACGCCAAACUCGUGGCCGAAUCCGACGCCGAAACUAGCAUGAAUUCAAUUGUCUUCCAGAAGCAUGUACAUAUAACAACUAGCAAUACUGUGUAG